UGAGCUUAAAAAACAUUGAAAACUUUAUCUUUUGGUAAUGUGGGACAAACUGAGAUUGAGCUCAAAUCUCCGUCCAUAGCCGAAGGGGAGUGCCCGAUAAAGAGCCUCCUCGCAAUCUGUCGAAAACGUGUGCAGAAUGGAAGAGACAUUGCAAUGUGACAGGUGCGGAGAGAAAGCAGUGACAACGGAUGUCAUUACGGGGAUUGUGGUUUGUGAGUCGUGUGGGUGUGUAAAGGAAGAUUCAGCUUUCACGGCGGCGUGGGACGCCGCAACAGGAGAAGGCUUCGGAAAUUUUGUGUCCGCUACAGACACCGGCGCCCGCGCUUCCCGUCUUUAUUCAACCAGGCGUAAUGGCCGCUGGGUUCACAGCGCCGGAGAAUACGAUUAUCAUGAAAGGAAACAAGCGAUUGCUUUGAAGAAAUUGAUGGAGUUCACAUCAUUAUUGAGAUUACCUGCAGAAAGAGUGAAUGAGGUUAAAUAUAUGGUGGAAAAGCUCACACAGGGGCAAUGGGGUGCAGGAAGAUGGUUUGAAAUUCUAAUUGGUGCUUGUAUCUAUGUGAUUGUUCGACAAAGUCAUCUUCCUUUGACAAUAAUAGAGGUUGCGGUCAUCAUUAAUUGUAAUGUCAGUGAACUGGGGCGAAUGUACAACAGAGUGCUCAAGUUUUUAGAUAUCAAAUUGCCAGAUGUGGAUUUAUUCAUUUUCUUGGAGCGAGUAAUUACUUCCUUCUCACUAUUUUCUGAUGUUGAUCUUGAAAAGACAAGUAAAAUGUUGAAACAUGGACGAUUCCUAUUGCAGUGUGCUUUUCAGUGGUUUUUGACAACAGGACGUCACUCCCUUCCAAUAGUGGCUGCUAUAUUGGCAUUUAUUGCUGAGGUUAAUGAGGUCAAUGUUGGACUUGAAGACAUUUCUAAAGAAUUAAAUGUCCCAAUGCACACUUGCAAGCUACGAUACAAAGAAAUUCAGGAGUCCUUAGUUCGAGUUGGGCAGAGCUUACCUUGGGGGAAGGAUAUCACAACAAAAACUGUUGUAAGGCAUGCAUUCUUUCUGUUGCAGUAUAUGGAGAUAAAGGCGAAUGCAAAAUCCAGGGGGAAGGAAAGCAUUUCUAAGGAUAAAGAAUGCCCAAAGAGGGCAAGAAUUGGGACUGACAAAACUGUAUCACUUUCUUUUGAAGUCAAAUUGUCACCAAUUCGGCCUUGUACAACAUCCAAGGAUUUAGCUAUAGAAAAACAUUCAAUGUUGAGCUUGGAAAAGGCACAAUAUGGAAUGCAUGUAGACAUGACUGGCAAUCCUCAAAUGGAUGAGCAACACUCACGGCCAUGCUUACGUACUGGUGAUACAAAUGACACUAGUAUGUUCAAAGAUACAUUUGAAUCUAAAUUGUCAGCAAAGUCCUUAGCUAGUAUUUAUGGUCAGUUUCUACAAGAACUUCCUUUGACACGAGAAAAAGUGCUUACCAAUGAAGAUAAUAUCAAGAGGAGGCAGCAAAAUAUUAUGGUACAGAGUCAAGGAUGUGAGCAUAAUACCCUAGUCAAAUAUCCUGGUAGAUCUACUCUUCCACAGGAAAAGAUUUCAAUGCAGCAGCUUUUGAAUACACAAGAAGAUUCGGAUGCCCUGCCACCAUCUUUUGUGGCGAGUGUAGAGGCCCGUGCAAGGAGAUGUGAUAAAAUAAAUGCUGCCAAGUUACGCAUAAAUGAAGUGAAGAAGUCAAUUAGCAAAUAUUUGUGUUGGAAGGAUAAUGCUGGACAAAGUUAUGAAGAACAAAUAAAAGAUAAAUUGAGACAAACAAGUGCUUUGUCAUUAUUAUCAAAGAAAAGAAAAAGGAAGAAUGAGAAAAGUGGGAUUGAUUGGGAAGACUACAUAAUAGAGUGUCUUCUCCUCCAUGAGGCAGAUGAGAAUCAAAUUGAAGAUGGCCACUAUAGUGCUCUGCUAGAUCUGCAUGUAUUCAAAUCGGAUGAAGUUAUAUCUGAUGAUGAUCUGCAGCAGUAUUUCCGUAGUAAAGGAGAGGUUGCUUUGAUGUCCAUGCUUCAAAAGGAUGGGAAUGCUUAUCCAUGGAUAAGUAUGGCUGGGCUUUGAUGCUUGUUAAUCGGCAAUCUAUACUGCACAAGAAGCUCAAUAUUUUAGCAGCUGCAGUUGCCUCUCUAUACGAGGUUAUUUUUUGAGGCUGGAGUUUUGUCUUCUCGAGAUGUUUGCUGGUAUUCUGUAUUGGGCUCAGAAUAUCCACUGCAAGUGCAAACCCAUCAUCAUAGCUAUAAUGGGAGCAUUGCCAGAAUAUCUACUGCGAACCCAUCAUCAUAGCUAAUGGGAGCGUUGCCAUAUAUCUUAUAUCUUUCUUUACAGUAACUACGAGUGCUUGGGAAGAUCCCUUUUCAUGUUUAGAUUGUACAUCAUGAGGUAGUGUUUACAUCAUAGCAUUUUGGAGUCUUGUAUUAGUCCUUUCAUUGUGAUUUUUUUUUCAACAUGUCUAAUCACAUGUAAACAGGAAGCAAAGAGGAUAUAUGAAAAAGCCUUCGGAGGAAUUGUGAUGAUUCAAUUCUGAUUUUGGUUGUUGAAUCACUGGUACUUUUAUUUGUGGAUCCCUCUUGCUCUGCACUAUACUACUCUUUGGUGUUGAGAAUCUUGGAACAACAUAAUGUUGUGGUCAAAAUGGAUGCAAUAUGAUCCUUUUAAUUGAGCUGCAAAAUAUUUAUUGCUA